ACCGGUUCAGCUUAGGGGACCCUGCCAGGAAGGAAGCCGACCCUCGGUGUGCUGGGCGGGAGGGGGCUGGUAAUCGCUGCUAGAGGGUGGGUUUGCCUGGCGCCUUUGGGGACCCCUGGGGUGAGGGUGGGAAGAGAAUGCUGGAGAACGCGGCCCGGGGGUGGAGAGAAGGGGGAGCGGGCUGGACGGCCCGCUCCUUCCCGGGGUCUUGAUCCCAGAACAGUAGCCGCUUGUUUUCCCAAGACUGGGGGAGGGAGCGGCCGGAGGAGAGGAGGGGGCGCGCGGAGGAAGGGGUUCCAUUCUUCGGUCUCCCCCACCCCUACCCCGUUCCUUCUAAGGGGAGCCGGCCACCCUGCCCGGCGUCCGGGGAGGGGAGGGGUGUCCAGACAAAAGGAGCUUGUGCCUUUAAGGCGGGGAGUCCGGGAGCCGGCGGGGAGGGGACUUCUGGAUCCGGGGUAGAGGGCGGCUGCGCUGGACAACAAGGGAGGGGGCGAGGGCCGGGCGGACUGCGGACGGCGGGAGGGGCGGCCGGGACGCGCGGGCACGGAGCAGGACCGCGGGACGGCCGGCCGGCCGGCCGGAGCCCGCGGCUGCGGCGGGGCGGAGGCCCCGGGGAGGCGCCGACCCCAGCCGGCAGCAGGAUGUCAUGGUUUAGUGGCCUCCUGGUCCCCAAAGUGGAUGAACGGAAAACAGCCUGGGGCGAGCGCAAUGGGCAGAAGCGUCCACGCCGCGGGACUCGCUCCAGCGGCUUCUGCACACCCCGUUAUAUGAGCUGCUUUCAGGGUGCACAGCCACCCAGCCCGACCCCCGCAGCCACGCCUCGGUGCCCCUGGCAGGAUGAGGCCUUCAUCCGGAGGGGUGGCCCAGGCAAGGGCCUGGAGCUGGGGCUGCGGGCCGUGGCCCUGGGCUUCGAGGACCCCGAGGCGACCGUGGCAGUCGGAGCCGCUGAGGGGGCCCCCGAUGCAGCCGCCAGGAGCAGGCGAGCUUGCUGGCGCCGGCUGGUGCAGGUGUUCCAGUCGAAGCAGUUCCGCUCGGCCAAGCUGGAGCGCUUGUACCAGAGGUACUUUUUCCAGAUGAACCAGAGCAGCCUGACGCUGCUGAUGGCGGUGCUCGUGCUGCUCAUGGCUGUGCUGCUGGCCUUCCACGCGGCGCCUGCCCACCCUCAGCCUGCCUAUGUGGCCCUGCUGGCCUGCGCCGCCGUCCUCUUCGUGGCGCUCAUGGUGGUGUGCAAUCGACACAGCUUCCGCCAGGACUCCAUGUGGCUGGUGAGCUAUGUGGUGCUGGGCAUCCUGGCAGCCGUGCAGGUCGGCGGCGCCCUGACAGCCAGCCCCCGCAGCCCUUCUGUAGGCCUCUGGUGCCCCAUGUUCUUCGUCUACAUCACCUACACGCUUCUCCCCAUCCGCAUGCGGGCCGCUGUCUUCAGUGGCCUGGGCCUCUCCACCCUGCACUUGAUCUUGGCCUGGCAACUCAACCGUGGUGACGCCUUCCUCUGGAAGCAGCUCGGUGCCAACAUGCUGCUCUUCCUCUGCACCAAUGUCAUUGGCAUCUGCACACACUACCCGGCCGAGGUGUCUCAGCGCCAGGCCUUUCAGGAGACCCGUGGUUACAUCCAGGCCCGGCUGCACCUGCAGCAUGAGAAUCGGCAGCAGGAGCGGCUGCUGCUGUCCGUGUUGCCCCAGCAUGUUGCCAUGGAGAUGAAAGAAGACAUCAACACAAAGAAAGAAGACAUGAUGUUUCACAGGAUCUACAUCCAGAAGCAUGACAAUGUCAGCAUCCUGUUUGCGGACAUUGAAGGCUUCACCAGCCUGGCAUCCCAGUGCACGGCGCAGGAGCUGGUCAUGACCCUGAACGAGCUCUUUGCCCGGUUUGACAAGCUGGCUGCGGAAAAUCACUGCCUGAGGAUCAAGAUCUUAGGGGACUGUUACUAUUGUGUGUCAGGGCUGCCAGAGGCCCGGGCAGACCAUGCCCACUGCUGCGUGGAGAUGGGGGUGGACAUGAUCGAGGCCAUCUCGCUGGUGCGCGAGGUGACAGGUGUGAACGUGAACAUGCGCGUGGGCAUCCACAGCGGGCGUGUGCACUGCGGCGUCCUUGGCCUGCGGAAAUGGCAGUUCGACGUGUGGUCCAAUGACGUGACUCUGGCCAAUCACAUGGAGGCCGGGGGCCGGGCCGGCCGCAUCCACAUCACUCGGGCCACGCUGCAGUACCUGAACGGGGACUACGAGGUGGAGCCGGGCCGUGGCGGGGAGCGCAACGCCUACCUCAAGGAGCAGCACAUUGAGACCUUCCUCAUCCUGGGAGCCAGCCAGAAACGGAAAGAGGAGAAGGCCAUGCUGGCCAAGCUGCAGCGGGCGCGGGCCAACUCCGUGGAGGGGCUGAUGCCACGCUGGGUGCCCGACCGCACCUUCUCCCGGACCAAGGACUCCAAGGCUUUCCGGCAGAUGGGCAUUGAUGAUUCCAGCAAAGACAACCGGGGUGCCCAGGACGCCCUGAACCCUGAGGAUGAGGUAGACGAGUUCCUGGGCCGUGCCAUCGAUGCCCGCAGCAUCGAUCAGCUGCGCAAGGACCACGUGCGCCGGUUCCUGCUCACCUUCCAGAGAGAGGAUCUUGAAAAGAAGUACUCGCGAAAGGUGGACCCCCGCUUCGGAGCCUACGUGGCCUGUGCCCUGUUGGUCUUCUGCUUCAUCUGCUUCAUCCAGCUCCUCGUCUUCCCACCCUCAGCCCUGAUGCUUGGGAUCUAUGCCAGUAUCUUCCUGCUGUUGCUGGUCACCGUGCUGACCUGCGCCGUGUACUCCUGUGGCUCUCUGUUCCCUCAGGCCCUGCGACGUCUGUCUCGCAGCAUCGUCCGCUCGCGGGCACAUAGCACUGCGGUUGGCAUCUUUUCCGUCCUGCUUGUGUUCAUCUCUGCCAUCGCCAACAUGUUCACCUGUAACCACACCCCCAUACGGACUUGCGCAGCCCGGAUGCUGAAUUUAACACCUGCUGACAUCACCGCCUGCCACCUGCAGCAGCUCAAUUACUCACUGGGCCUGGAUGCUCCCCUGUGUGAGGGCACCGCACCCACUUGCAGCUUCCCUGAGUACUUCGUCGGGAGCAUGUUGCUGAGUCUCUUGGCCAGCUCUGUCUUCCUGCACAUCAGUAGCAUCGGGAAGUUGGCCAUGAUCUUUGUCCUGGGGCUCAUCUAUUUGGUGCUGCUUCUGCUGGGUCCUCCGGCCACCAUCUUUGACAACUAUGACCUACUGCUUGGCGUCCAUGGCUUGGCUUCUUCCAACGAGACCUUCAGCACGCUGGACUGCUCAGCUGCAGGGAGGGUGGCACUCAAAUAUAUGACCCCUGUGAUUCUGCUGGUGUUCGCACUGGCGCUGUAUCUGCAUGCCCAGCAGGUGGAAUCGACUGCCCGCCUGGACUUCCUCUGGAAACUGCAGGCAACAGGGGAGAAGGAGGAGAUGGAGGAGCUCCAGGCGUACAACCGGCGGCUGCUACAUAACAUUCUGCCCAAGGACGUGGCCGCCCACUUCCUUGCCCGGGAGCGCCGGAAUGAUGAGCUCUACUAUCAGUCAUGUGAGUGCGUGGCCGUCAUGUUUGCCUCCAUUGCCAACUUCUCUGAGUUCUACGUGGAGCUAGAGGCAAACAAUGAGGGUGUCGAGUGCCUGCGGCUGCUCAACGAGAUCAUCGCUGACUUCGAUGAGAUCAUCAGCGAGGAGCGGUUCCGGCAGCUGGAGAAGAUCAAGACGAUUGGUAGCACCUACAUGGCUGCCUCUGGGCUGAACGCCAGCACCUAUGAUCAGGUGGGCCGCUCCCACAUCACUGCCCUUGCCGACUACGCCAUGCGGCUCAUGGAGCAGAUGAAGCACAUCAAUGAGCACUCCUUCAACAAUUUCCAGAUGAAGAUCGGGCUGAACAUGGGCCCAGUUGUGGCAGGCGUCAUUGGGGCUCGGAAGCCGCAGUAUGACAUCUGGGGGAACACAGUGAAUGUCUCUAGCCGCAUGGACAGCACGGGGGUCCCCGACCGAAUCCAGGUGACCACGGACCUGUACCAGGUUCUAGCGGCCAAGGGCUACCAGCUGGAAUGUCGAGGGGUGGUCAAGGUGAAGGGCAAGGGGGAGAUGACCACCUACUUCCUCAAUGGGGGCCCCAGCAGUUAGCAGGGCCCAGCUACAAAUUCGGCUGAAAGGACCAAGGUGGGCAUUUGAGUGGACUCUGUGCUCGCUGGGGGAGGCUGAGCCUCCAGACCCUGCUGACCACAAGAGGGAACACCACAGCAGGCUGUACUUGGACCGUGCUCGUCUGCCCUCAGGCUGGUGAAUGAGGGGAUACCAAGAGGAUUAUGCAAGUGGCUUUCUUUCUUAACUGGGGUAGGGCUGUUUUCUCUCCUUUUUUCCCAGCUUUUGGGAGCAGGGGAGGGGGCAGCAGCAGAGGCAGGGGGACGUCUCCUGCCUGAAAGGUUGAAAUGGCAGCUUGCCACGCCCGCCCUUUCCCUGUCUGUCUGGGCACUUGGCUCAGGGCUGGGCCCUUCCUUUCCCUCUUUUUCCUGGGAACAUUUUUAUGAAGACUGGGGCAGUCUUGAAGAGUGCCUAUUCCAUCCUUGCCUUCCUUUGCUAUGCCUGCAUCCCCAGCAUGGGUCCUGGGCACUCCCUACCCCAGCCAGGUCUCCCUCACAGACACAGGGCACGGGAGGGAGAUGUUCUGGGGACCCAGCUCUGUCCAUAUUUCAGGGGAAUGUUUCCAUUUGCCAAAUCCUAGUCCCAUGAUCUGUCCCCAAAGGGGAACAAAGGGACUUCUGCCACCUCAGAUUAGCCCCGUUUCCUGCACAGCUCCAGGGGAAGGGGCAUCUGGUCUCACUGGUACUGUGAAAAUGCCCAGCCGGAGAGCAAGCGUGUGCGUGGGGAUGUCAGAAGAUCAGGAGCUGGAUGUUCGCCUGCAGGUGCCAAAGAGCGCAGGCCGGCCAGGGACGGGGGUGGUGCCAGACCGAUCCAAAGGUCAGGAUCAGGCCACUCUGCCCCAGUGCUCUCUUGCUGUCUGCUGCAAGGGGGCACGGAGCAUCUCUACCCCUUCUGUUGCCAAAUAGAAAAGGGCCAGGGCAUGGAGGAAGAUGGCCCUGAUCCCAAACCUGUCCUCCCACGCCUCUGGCACUGGGGAGGGCCUGCCUGUGUGUGUGUAACCGUGCGUGCGCGGUGGUCUGCGUGUGUGUGUAACCGUGCGUGCGCGGUGGUCU